AUGAUGGACCGUCAAAGAGACAUGAAUGUUAAUGAUGCACAGAAGUCCGAGGAGAUCUACCUAUUACCGAACGUGUAUUCCGAGGCCAAGGACAUGACCGCCAAGGAGCUGCCCGGACUGAGCGAACACGCUUCGGAACAGGAAGACCCCUUCUCGGACUACUCGCAAGACUCAAUCGACACACUACCUGAAAAGGAAAGGGCUCGAGUCUCUUCAGGGCUCUUCCCUGCGCCGACUGACCAAGACACCGUCCAAGAACCCAAGAUCAAGCGUACACCUUCGACGAAACAGCAGUAUCCGGGACGAACCUCCGGCAUGGAAUAUCGCAUGAAAGCCAUUGAAAAUCUUCUGUCCGAGCUGACGCCCACAUCGAUACCAUCGACGCCAUUGCCGACUCCACCAUUACCGACCACAUCACGACCAGCGACCCCACCUUCACGAUCAACUACACCGCGACCAACCACUCCACAGCGAACCGCAUCACCGCCAGAAGCCCAGGAGGAAAGGACUCUGACCCCGCCUUCGGAUGGUCAUACUGAAGUGUUUACCUCGUCUGCGCCAUCAACGCAAGCUCCACAAAUGCCACCGCCUCAAUUACCGCCCCCCGAAUCACCGCCGCCUGCGUCACCGCCGCUUGACAUAGCAUUUCCACCGCUUGAAACUUCUCCACCUCUCAGAAUCACCCGACAACCAGGCAUCGUCCCAGAGCGUAAAGAAAGCUUUGGCACGCCGUCACUGUCGCAGAGGACGCACAUGGAGUUUGGCGAACUCUGCUCUCUGUUCGAAAAGUGUCAAAUGGCCAUCACGUCGGACAGGAAGCAAGCGUACAAAGUCGUCAACGCCGCCUUGGUUGCGGAAAACAAGCCAAGCAAAGAGGCCCUCUCCAUCAGCUGCAUCCGGCUGGACUGCGACGGGCGAUUCAUCGGGCCCGUCUACACCAAGUUCAAGAUCAGGAAAUACAGAGGACGGCGAAGCGUGGCUUCCCUCCCCAUUCUCCCCUUCUGCAUGAACUCGGACCCGGCGGGCGUUCGCGAAAUCCUCGUGUGCCGUGGGAGGAUCUUUGUCAAGGUCGCAACGGGCAGGCACAUGCACUGCCAGGGAACGACCAUGACUUCUCAUGAGCAAGUCGACGGCCAAGUCAUGAUCGACUUCCAACAAGCAAUCGCCCGCAAUCCACACUGGGCCCCCACCAUAAUCGGCGUCAGAAGCGACACUGACGACGACGACGACGAAGUCGAAGCCUGGGAAUCGGUCCAAGCAGCGGGAAUACCCGACUCCCUCUUGCAGCCGCGAGAGCUGAGCGACGCGGACACGAGACUCAGCGACGACGCGCUGAUGCUGCUGCCCCGCCGCGUCUUCGGCUUCGUCUUCGGCACCAGGACGUGGGCGGCGCUGGACGUCGGCGACCUGCACGGCACGCGCGACAAGACGGGCAGCGAGGGCUUCAAGCGCCUCGCGCUGCCCCGGCGCCACCGCGAGAAGCUGGAGCCGCUCCUGCGCCAGCACUUCCGGCAGCGCCAGAGCGCCAGGGCCGACCGUCUCGAUCCCGCCUCGUCCCAGCACCAGAUCGACUUCUUCCGGCGCGAGCAGCCCGGGCUGGCCGUCCUGCUGCACGGCGUGCCCGGCGUCGGCAAGACGCUGACGGCCGAGUGCGUGGCGAGCCACUUCUCGCGCCCGCUCUUCGCCCUCCCGUGCGGCGACCUCCUCGCCAUGACGACCCAGCAGCAGCUGGACGAAGUCUUCGCCCUGGCCGCGGCGUGGGACGCCGUGCUGCUCGUCGAAGACGCCGAUCCCCUCUUCGCCAGCUCCCCCGCAGCCUCUUCCCCCACAGCCGCCGCAGCAGCAGCAUUCCUGCGCGCACUAGACACGUACCCAGGCCUCCUCUUCCUGACCACAACCACUUCCCCCUCCUCGUCUUCCUCCCCUUCCCCCUCCCCCUUCUCCCCCUCCCCCCUCCACUCCCCCUCCCCCCUCCACUCCCCCUCCUCCCCCCUCCACUCCCGCAUCCGCCUCUCCCUCUUCUACCCCCCCUUCGACGAGCGCACCGCCCUCGACGUCUGGGACAUCGCCAUCUGGCAGGCCAAGCGCCAGCGCCCCAGCAUGCGCAUCAAAGCCGACGAGGUGCUGGGCUUCGCCGCGGAGAAUUACCACCGCCAGCAACAGCGGCAGCGGCAGCAACAGCAGCACGUCGCGACCGGUGAUCGUCCUCGGUGGUGGCGCGGUUCAGCAGGUUGUUGGAGCGGCCGCCAGAUCCGCAACGCGUUUUGGAAUGCCAUUGCGCUGGCGGAGGAUGAGGCGUCGUAUGGGGGUGGGGUGGGGGGUGGGGGUGGGGUUGGUGAUGGUGGUGGUGGUAGUGGUAGGGAGAAGAACAAGAAGAAGAAGAAAGAGGAGGGGAGGCGGACGGGGUCGUCAUCGGCGGCGGCGUCGACGAACACGGUCACGCUGCGGCGACGGCACUUCGAGCUCGUUGCGGAGGCGGCGGAGGAGUUUGACGAGGGGGUGGUGGGGAUGAUGGCCGUGGGCGGAGGCGUGCAGCAGCAACAAAAGACGAGACGGCUGACGACGGCGACGACGACGACGACGACGACGGAUUCUGCUGGUGCUGGCGGUGGUGCUGGUGCUGGUGGGUCGAUGAACGCGCCGCUGCCGCCGCUGCCGCCGCUGCCGCCGCUUUCCCCGCCCGCUCACGCCGUCGCCACUGCCAGCGCUUCGGUCAGGCGGCAGCAGGAGCUGGCAGGCGAGGACCGUUCGUCUUCCUCUUCUUCCUUCUUCUUCUUCUCCCCCCGCGACGAGUCGUCGAAACAACAACGUCAGCAACAGCACCACCCCCACCAGCGCCCCGCCACCGCCCUCGUCCGGUCCAACACGCUGCCGUCGUUUUCGUCGUUCCCAUCGUCAUCGUCAGCCGGCGGGUCGGCGGGACAGCCGCACGCGGGCCGCAGGCGCGGGACGACGGUCGUGACGGCGGCGGCGGCGCAGUCGACGAGGCCGGGGCUGCCGCCGUUGCCGAAGAUGCCGCGGCCGGGAACUGGACUAGUAGGGCAUGGGCAGGGGCAUGGGAGGAGGCUGUCGCAGUUGUCGGUGAUGCAGUUGCCGCCGGGGGAGCGUGGGCGGGAAGAAGAGGAGGAGGGGGAGGGGGAGGAGAGGAAGCAGGGGGGUGAAUGGCGACGGGUGCGUACGGGGUGGGAGGCGGAGGCGGAUCAGGGGUCGAGGUCGAGGUCGAGGGGGGCGGCGGCGGCGAUGCGGAGUGGUGGUGGUGGAGGCAGGUACGCUUCGUCUUCGGGGAGGCCGCCGAACGGGGAUGCUGCGAAGGCGGCGGCGGCGUCGUCGAAAAGGUGGUCGAGGUCGAACGGCGGGAGCGGGGAGGAGGGGGAGAUGGACGACGGUUGGAGCGAGACGACGAGGCGGGAUUCGGGGGCGGAGGAGUGGAACAGCGCGGAGGUGGAGAGGAAUCUGAUUGAUAAUUUCACGGCGAUUGCGUAUAGAUAG